AUGGAAUCACGUCUACGGCAGCCUGGAUGGACACGUGACCGGGAGCGAGACAGCUCACUGCCCCCCAUUGGCUCAGAGCGAUCUCGAUUCGAGCGCGCGCCACGUUCUCAAAGCCGCGGCCGCCGGGACGAAAGCCGGGGCUACCGCGACAGCUCGCUGCCACCGCUCUCGGACGGCCGUGGCGCUUCGGUCUCCGCGUCGCGGGGCGGCAGCGUCUCCGCGCCGCGGGGCAUAGCGCGCAGCAGCAGUCGGCGCUUGGAGGAGAGUCCCAACCAGCCGCCGCGCAGGCCCCCCCGUGCCGGAGCCGGACCCAAGACUCCGCCGGCGCAUUCGGCGCCGCAUUCGGCGCCUUCCAGAGAGAGGACGGCCGCAAGAGAUGCCACACCGCCGCGGGCGAGAGCAACACGAGCUCCACCAACCCGCACGGACUCGCCGCCCAUCCGGGCCAGCGGCGGCUACCGAAUGCCAGAGGCUGCGGCGCGGCCUGCUUCACCCCCUAUCCGCGCCGCAGGCAGCUAUGCGGCUCCGGAGGUGAGCCGCGCCUCUCGGCCUUCCGCCGCUUCCGGCGCUGCCUCUUCGCGGCCCUUUGAUGCAGUCGAGGCCGUGAGACCUUCCCCGCCGCGCGGCAAAGCUCCAAGCAAGAAGGUUCACCCGCGACCUCAGGCGCCGCCUUCUCCUCCACAGAGGUCCAGCGAGACACAGGCGCGCCCAUCCUCGCCCCCGAUCCGCGCAUCUGGCGCCUACGCGCCGACCGAGGCGCCUGAGGCGCGCCCAUCCUCGCCCCCGAUCCGUGCAUCUGGCGCCUACGCGCAGACCGAGGCGCCUGAGGACGGGCUCCGGCCCCGGCCCGCCUCGCCCCCGAUCCGGGCGGCGGGCGGCUACGGCGGCCAUGGCGGCUACGGCGAGGCCCCACGACCCGACGCCAUUGGAGCCGGCUUUCAGGAGCCCCCGGGCGUCGUGGAGGAGUCCUUGCUGAUUCCCUGCGCGCACUGCGGCCGGAAGUUUGCGGAGAAAGCCCACGAGAGGCACAUUGCCGUUUGCAAGAAAGUCUUCGUGGAGAAGCGGAAGGCCUUUGACGUCGUCCAGCAUCGCUUGGCGGAGGGCGCUACCCCCAUCAAGGAGAAGGAGAAGGAGAGGGAGAAGGUCAAGGACGACAAGAUGCCAGACUGGAAGAAGAAAUCAGAGGCGUUUCGCGCCGCCAUGAAGGAUGCCCGCCUCGUGGGGGCGCCUGUGACACUUGGUUUCGACCCCUGCACGCAGCCAGGUGUGAUGCGCUGA